CUUCGUUCUUCUAGGUCUCGAUAAUUUCCGACAGGGAAGCAAUCAGAUGUAUAAAGACAACACUCAAAACAUCCAAAAAGGCCACUUGGUACCAGCGAGUACCUACUCCUUUGAUUGCAUUUAUAUGGUGUCCACGUUCAAGUACACCAACGCUGUACCUCAAUAUAAAUCAUUCAACGAGGGUCCAUGGAAAGUCUAUGAAGACAGAGUGAGGUUGUUUGCAGCCAGUGUUUGUUAUCCAGCUGGUGGGGACCUCUAUCUCUUGACAGGAACUUCAGAAGCUGUACUUACAGCACAUGGAUUUCCGAAGCAACCGGACCCCCUAACCUAUUUCCCGCAUAAUAACCCGACCAGAUGGGAUAACAUAGUCAUCCCUAAUUCCAUGUGGACGGCUGGCUGUUGUAUUCUACGUAAUGGCGGUAUAGUGGGGGGAUUUGCAGCGAUUGGAAACAAUGUUCAAGUAAAUUCUGAAAUGCACCAGAAAAAAGUGGCAGAACUGCAAGAUAUUCUGGCAACAGGUAUUGGCGGCGUAGGGGCGACGAUUAAUUUGUUUCCAGGAAAUGAAGGGUGUUCAAAAAAUUUACAGCAGUUUCGAUAUGAAGAAGGAGGAACGCACCCAGGGUGGACAAAGGUCAUAAAACUCAAAUAAGCAAUAUUCCCUUCCCUCCCCCCUUCCCCCUUCAAUUUUGGGGCCACUACGCAGGCUAGAUAUUUCUAGUUACAAAGCAACGUGUUCCUGAAGGCAGGUUUAGCAUCGUGCAACAAUACUGCCAAAGUUAAUUUUUUAGCUAUGUUGACUAUGCUAGCUGGAAACAUCAAUUAAAACUAGUUAAAUAAUGCAGAGAUGAUGUAUCAGAUGGAUUUAGUAG